AUGGAAACAUCUAUUGUCGACCACCAUCAAAACCACCAUCCUAGUAUUGAAACAUCUAUUGUCGACCACUAUCAAAACCUCCAUCCUAGUAUUGAAACAUCUAUUGUCGACCACUAUCAAAAUCAACAUCCUAGUAUGGAAACAUCUAUUGUCGACCACCAUCAAAAUCAUCAUAAUAGUAUUGAAACAUCUAUUGUCGACCACCAUCAAAACCACCAUCCUAGUAUUGAAACAUCUAUUGUCGACCACUAUCAAAAUCAUCAUCCUAGUAUUGAAACAUCUAUUGUCGACCACUAUCAAAAUCAUCAUCCUAGUAUGGAAACAUCUAUUGUCGACCAUUAUCAAAACCACCAUCCUAGUAUUGAAACAUCUACUGUCGACCACCAUCAAAAUCACCAUAAUAGUAUUGAAACAUCUACUGUCGACCACUAUCAAAAUCAUCAUCCUAGUAUUGAAAUAUCUAUUGUCGACCACUAUCAAAAAUCAUCAUCUUAG